CGAUCAUUGUUGGUGUUUCAAAUAUUUCCAAUCUAGACGACGAUUUUUUGUAGUUACUUAUUCUUCAAUCAUCUGUCCAAAUUCAUUUUCCCAGUUUUAUCGCUUGAGUUUCUCAAAACUUGUCGUUGAUCAAUGCAUAUGAUGCUUUUCGAGGAUACCCAUCUCUGGAAAUUUCUCGGCUUUUCCGUGAUUUCUCUCGCAAAUUGAUUGGACAGAAUGAGGGUUUAGAGGCAAAGCUUGUUCCUUUUCAAACGAUGAGUCACCACCGGCGUGAUUCCGGCGGAGAUGUAGUUCACGUGAUACCCACAAACAACCCUCCGCCGGAGAAUUGGUUUCCGAAUGUCGGCGAUAGCGCCGUCUGGGCGACGGAAGACGACUACAAUCGCGUCUGGGCGGUGAAUCCCGACGGCGACCAAACGAGUUCCCAUCAUUCAGACGCUGGUUACCACAGUGGAGUCGCAUUGCAACGAGCUUCUAGUGCGGUUAUGCAGAAGCCUGGGAUCAGAACACAUCAGAAAUGGAAAGGACCGGAGAAAAUCAGUCUGAUAUACGGUGAUUGGAUUGACGAUAUUGAAUGAAAGUUAUCUCCU